CUCUCAGCUUCUCCACCAGCUGCUCGGCAGGCAGCACAAACUUCAACUGGAGGUUUGUGAUGGUCACAUGACGAUGUUUUGGGUAUAUUACCCCAAAUGUCUGAGCUUGUUCUCGUCUAAAGAGCUGCUGACUGUCUCUGCGAGAGUGUGCAUGGUGCAGCAUUUCCCUCUGCCCUUUUAAUUGAAUGCAGUUUUGAAUGACACUCUGAACGGAGAAAGCCUGGAGUUACAGCGUCAAGACGCAACUUUUUGAGGGGAAUUAUGAGAAACCUGGGACUGUGAUUUUUUUAUUUCCAAUUGACAGCCGACAAGAUCAGAUGCAAACUUGGAUGGAGGAAAAAGACUGAAAGAGUCAUCAAGUCAGGAGGAGAUGGAGAACAAGGCCAUGUAUCUGAGUACAUAUGAAGAGAGAGAGAGCGGCUCCAUGUAUGAAGAGGCCUACGAUGGACACAACUUGUCCAAACUCAACCUGUGUGAUGAAGGUUCUGGUAAGCGUCGCAGGAAGCAGGAUCAAUGCUGCGGUCACCUGAACUCCCUCUCAGCCAUCAAGUACGCCAUCCUGUCCCUCUACAUCCUGGUUCUUCUCACCAUCUUCGGACUCUGCCUGGCAGGUAGGAUGUUCUCUCGUUCCCAGGUGUCUUCACAGCGCCAGGAGGUGCUGAUGGAGAAUGUGACCCGGAUGUCGGAGCGCUCUCGGCUGCUCCAGCAGACCCUGGGUGAGGCCUCCACUCAGGCUGACCUGCUAGAGAACAUCUGGAAACUGGAGAACCUCUUCAAAAACCACAGCGACUGGCUGCAGAGGCUGGAGAUCCUCAUCAAGAGCCUGGAGGUGGAGCUGAGGAGCAUCCAGGCUCACUCCCUUCAGUCAGAGGGCUACCUGGUGCAGCUGGACGACAGGUUGUCCUCUCUAAGCAGCUCCACCGGCAGGAACCUGACGGGCUUGAGUGCGGAGUUGUCCCGAGCCUCCACCUGGCUCCGUGACCAGGACAUUUUGGUCAGGGAAGCCUCAGGACAGAUGAGCAGGCUGACAGAGAAACUGGACGAGGUUAAUUGGACGGUGGGAGCUGUCAAUCACACCUUCAGCAAUGACAUCAGUAUCCACCACUUGAAGAUACAAGACUUGCAGAUCCAGAUCAGCAACAUAACAGAGGACACCAGCAGUUUAUGGGUGACCCACGUCCACACAGAGGCCCAGCUGAGGAACGAGAUGGAGAUCCUCAACACAAUCACAGAGGACCUCCGCCUGAAGGACUGGGAGCACUCCAUGGCCCUGAAGAACCUCACCAUAUUAGAAGGUCCUCCAGGGCCAAAGGGAGAGAAGGGUGAUACUGGACCACUGGGGCCCGCCGGGGCUCCUGGGUUGACUGGCUUGAGAGGUUUUACAGGAGAAAAAGGCAUCCAGGGCCUCCGGGGAAUCAAAGGGCCUGUUGGGGUCGACGGUGUUCAGGGAGAAAAAGGAGAAGUUGGACCUCCUGGUCCUAGAGGUGACAGAGGAGACAGAGGGUUUAAGGGGGAGAAGGGGGAUCGAGGAGACCGAGGAGAGAAAACAGUGGAGGAGACCCUGGUGCGGCUGGUGAACGGAUCAGGUCCUCAUGAAGGUCGUGUGGAGGUUUUCCAUGAACGCCGCUGGGGGACGGUGUGUGACGACGUCUGGGAUAAAAAGGAUGGAGACGUGGUGUGUAGGAUGCUGGGAUACCAAGGAGCCACUGAGGUCCAUAAGACAGGACGCUUUGGACAGGGUAUUGGUCUGAUCUGGAUGGAUGACGUGGCGUGUACAGGGACUGAAGACACCAUCCACCAGUGUAAGUUUCCUGGAUGGGGCAAAACCAACUGCGGCCACGUGGAGGAUGCUGGUGUGACCUGCGUCGUCUAAAACCUUUAAGAUCCCGACACUGCUGCAGCAGCCGAGCAUCUCCUUAAACUUUCAAGAAGCUGUACAAAGUGCACAGCGUCCUACCGUUGCCAGGGGUGUCACAUUAGCAGUAUGUUGUUUUUUACCUGCAAAAAAAAAGUGCCACCUCACCUGACAAACCUCCAUGUUGUGCAUGAAGUAAAUCUGCAGCUUUUUUUUUUUUUUUUAGAAGUUCAUGAUUAAACACGUGAUCGUUUUAGCUACAAGACUGAAUCAUGGGAGGAAAGAAAAUGCACACAUUUUCAAAUUUUGCCCAUUUCAACCACAUGAGCUGAUACCAGGGGGACGAUCGCACGACAGGACUCUUCAUCAGGACUGCUUCAUCAGACUGAAUUACAGAGUCUACAAUGAAGGUCAAAGGUCAGCUUUCGUAGGCGUAGGGUCCAUCUGCCCUCAGAGGCUCGUCUAGAGUCAGGUUUGCUGUUUUUGACCUCCAGUGUGGGGAGGAAGCAAAUCCAACAACUGAUCAUGCCGGGAGCCUUCGUUUGUCAGCUGUCGUCUCCAUGUUGCUGGGGAAACGGCACAUAAAGAAACCGACGAGACUGUGUCAUUGACAAAUUGAUUUUUCAUUUACAGGCAGCUGCUCUUCACAGUAUUAUGUAGGAAUGGCUUUUGAGUGAUGCUAAACAUACACAGUGUUGCCUUGUUAUAUAUCACAUAGCAUUACCCAGUAAGCAAUCAUUUGAUUAUUUGCAGGUCAAAAGCUGGCAACAGGUCUGAGUUAAAACUGGACUACAUUUGGGCUAAAAUUUCACCUUUUUUCAACUUUUGACUCACUUUUUCUUACCUUUUAAAGGUACGCUGUGGAGUAGGCUGUGCAAAGCUGAUUUUGUUUAAAUAUUUUAAAUCAUGCAUUGUUUAUUGUUCGUCCACAUUUGCUAGCUAGCAGUCUUCUUUUUCCUUGCCUGUCGAUCGGCGUAAUAGUGUGAAACCAACGACAGGACUGUGUAUCACAUCGCUUGCAUGCAAGAUACAAACAAAACAGGCUCCGCCUGUAAAAACAUUGCUCCAUAGCGUUACUAGUGGUCAAAAACUCCCACAGGAUACCUUUAAAUGAAAAUUUUAGUUUUUUUAAAUCUCUUCAAAUCAAUAUUUUUACAUUUUAUACACAGAAGAAUUAUUACAUACAGUAAAUCUGUAGUUUUACAAAGGUCAAUGUUUUGGUGUUUUGAUUUGGUGUUCCAGCCCGCAAAUUACGCUGUCGUCAACCUUAUCUCAAGCCACAGCAGGAAGCUCUGAUAAACCCGCUGUAUGUUACAUGUCCAGCACCAGAGACAGACACAAAAAUUUAGUGACAAGCUGGUGAAUUAAAGGGACAGUUCACCCCAAAAUCAAAAAUACAUGUUUUCCUCUUAGCUGUAGUGCUGUUUAUCCAUCUAGAUUGUUUUGUUGUGCUUUGCCACGUUUUGGAGAUAUCGGCCGUAGAGAUGUCUGCCUUAUUUGAAUAUAAUGGAACCUUGUUGUGAGAAGUUUAAUGUAGGAUCUAUCGGUAGAAAGAAAAUAGUUCCUACAUAAAACUGCUCUGUGGAUUUUCUUGAGCAACCAGGUCAUGAUUUCUGGAAAGAGACAUUGACAUUGUUGAGUUUUUCAAACAUAUUUUUUUGCCACUUUGAGCUCCACAAGCCGAAUGCCAAAUAGUCCCAUUAUAUAAAAAAAUAUAUCUCCAAGAUAUCUCCAAAAAUCUGCAACUCACACCAAAACAAUCUAGAUGGAUAUGUAAUUUUGGUUUUGCGGUGAACUGCUCCUUUAAGUGGAACAUUUAGCAGCUAAAGAGCUAAAAAGUUAUUUUUCUGAGUCGUUCGUAGAGACCAAAACGGAGAAGAUAUAUUUUAGGGCUGUAUGUUUUUCAGCUUGUUGUGAAGUUCUACCACCAAGUGGCACAAAAAUCAUUUAUUACAGCUUUGUAGCGCAGUUUUAACCUCGACAUCUAGACGUCUUUUAACCUGCAAAUCACCAAAUCAGUGUUUACUGUGUGCUUUAUGUUUCUAAAAAAAAAAAAGUGUAAAUGAAAAAAAAACAUGCAACUAACAAAGAUUUUGGAAAAGGUUAACAGUCACUGCAGUUGACAGAUGAAGCGAUUAUGAAGAAGAGAGAACAGAUGAGUAUAAACAGAUGGAUGCAUGGACGCCUGCCCUGUACGAUUUACAACGGUCAGUCUGUAUGCACACACACACACACACACACACACACCAAACCAACUAUAACAGACAAGCUUUUUGCGAGUUUUAUGCCUCUCUCAGUGGGGUUUCAUCUUGGCUGCCCUGAAAUCAAAAAAAGCUGGUACCUCCCAAGUGCUUACUUCUCCUUCUGAGACAACAGGAGACAUCAAACCAGGUUGGAAUAAAAUAUAUGCAGGAACCUGUCUCUUUACCCAGUCAUGUUUUAUGUUUGAAAAGGGAAAACCUUUUUAGUACACCUUAAAAUCUGGCAAACCUUAAAUUUUUCCCCUUAAGGACCUGUAGUUGAAUUCCCUCAGCUAUAUUCUGUAGUGAAAUCUGUCUGUCUAAGCUCUCCUAAUUCAAACAAAUCAAGAAUUGUCUGGCCCACUUUCUUUUCAUGAAAAAUAAUCUGCACACAUGAUGUUCAUUUAACAGUUUGUGUCCAUGUGAGGGAGGGAAAAAAAAUGUAAAAUGUUGGAUAUGAAUUUGACUUUUCAAGACAGUGCAGCCAGAAAAUCUUUCUCUACCUCAUGUUCAAGUGCCUUGGUGUUUGUCGAGGGUUUCUGUUUCAAACCACGACUCUGCCACAGAAGACGACAAAUUAAAGAAGGAAAAGGGGAAAAGGGAGUCUGGGGAAAGGGAAAAUGAUGUGAGAAACCAGACUCAAUAGACUGAUGUGUCUCAAAAGAUGCUAUAACAACACAAAAGGGAAUUUUGGGUGGGUAACAUGUUUCUCUUGUACAUUUUUCUUCAAAAGUUCAUUGGAUAACUCACUCAAUAGCUUCACUUGUACAGAAAGCUGUGAUCAUUUGUACGUCUGCAUGACCACAUACCUUAUUUUUAUUUUUAUUUUUACCUUUUGGCAUUGCCAAAUAACAAGCACAAUUGAAUACAUUACAUUACAAACAUUAUCAGACCUGAUAAUGGACAGCAUUGACAACUCUUUGGACGACCAGGAAGCUAGGUGUUUAUCUUUUUCAUUUCCAUUUGCUUAUCUGCAAUCCUGAAGAUUUUUCACUUUGUUCACAAGGUUUGGAAACUGUUUUAUAAACGCAAUAAUACUCCUAAAUGUUUCUUACUGUGACUAAUAGGAUAUAAUGACAGCAACACUACAGUAUGCCACUUGUAUCUUGCGUAUUAUAAUCAUUAUUAUUAUGCACAUUAGAGCUGAAACAAUUACUCAAUUAAUCCAUUAGUCAACAAUCAACUGACAACAAUUUUGAUAAUUGAGUAAUCGUUUAAGUAAUUUUUCAAACAAAAACGCCAAACAUUCUUCGGCUUCAGCUUCUUAAUGGGACUAUUUGCUGCUUUUCUGUUUUAUAUAAUUGUAAAGUGAAUAUCUGUUUUUGACUGUUGGUCGGACAAAACAAGACAUUUGUAUGGUGGACAUUUUCUCUAUUUUUGCAUAUUUUAUGGACCAAGUGAUGAAUCUAUUAAUCAGGAAAAUAAUCAUUAGCUGCAGCCCUAAAACAUAUACAUGUCUUAAUAGCUUAUGAUGGAGACAGGGUCAGACAUGAAUGUAAAAAUACAUCUUCAUAAAUCCCAAAGUAGAACUUUAAAGAUAAAGAAUAUCACCCCUAUAGCUGAAAUGCAGCAGAUUCAUUUAUAUUCGCCCAAAUUCUUCUCAGGUAUCAGACUGGAGGAUUUGUGGAAAUUCUUUACACAGCACAGGAAGCGAUAAAACUAAAUAUGACAUGUGAAAUACGGCAGCUGACAGUGAUAGAACCUCAUCACCACGUUUAUCGCACAUUAAAAAAUAGAUUUUUCUGACGCCACCUUAAAGGAUUUCUGGGCAGUCAAAGUUCUUCAAAUGUAAAAAUAAAUUUAAAAAAACCAGAUGACAGAUCUCUCACUGCAACUUGGGGCAAGUUACCUACUAUGACACCACUAUGCAAUAAUCAUCCAGGCAUGUUUAAUACAGAAGAAUUUGUCUUUAGGUGAAAGGUGCAUCUGGUAGCCUACAUAGUACAAAUCAAAGGUUGAACAACAACAGGAACAUAAAACAGUCAAUAUACAUUUAAUACUCAGUAUUAGCAACGUGAUAUACACUACGGUUACACUUUGAUGUUCAGUAGUUUAUUUUUUUCUCUGCGCCAUGAGGUGGUUAUACUUAAAAGGGGUGAAUGGAACAAAUUAGAAAUUUACAAGGCUAUAUAGAGUUGUAUACUUUCCAACUAAUGUGUGCAUGAUUGAGUGUAAUAGUCUGAAACACACACCCACUCUCUCGUACAAUAUCUGCUCUGUUUUUCUGUGCAGCACCAAAGUGUAGCUGACAGUACGACUGAGUGGCAGCCAGGCCUUUGUGUGUCUGGUCCUGAUGUCUCUCAUUCAUCUUGUAGAGGCGUCACAUUCAGCACUUUGGCCGUGGAGUCAUUACUUAAAGCUCUGCCUUUCUAAAACAACAGCCAAAGAUAACACCCAGGGCUCCUUCGGUAUAUUUUCACUCUGGUUAAAACAGGGUUGUUAUUUUUAUUUAUUUUUUUUAAAGAGGAGAUGACAAAUAAGCAGAGAAGCAAAAAAAAUAUUAUUGAUUGAAAUUCCUGUGAAACAUUUUCUCCGAAAAUUGUUUUGUACUUACGCAGGUUUGAGUUUUAUUCCACAGCAUUGAUACCAACAGGCCUUUGAUAUUCAUUAAAGCAAUGUUGAACACUAAAGUAUUUUCAUAAAAGCAGCUAUGAAGAUAUUGGCUUUUGUUUCUACGCUUCCACUGAAGAGAGGCAGUUUAUAAACUUUUUUGGUAUUUCCUUUUUAACUUAAGAGGUGCAAAGUGGGAGAAGUAAAGACCAAUGUUAAAAGGGAUAAAUAUUCUGACUUUUUCAAUCCUCUCAAUGUUAUCCAGAAAAAUAGCAAGUGGUUGGUCUGUUCUGAUCUCACUCCUCGCAGAGUCAAGUAUUUAGAGCACAAGUUCGCUAACUGGCAAAAUAUAAUUAAAACAUAUUUAUGGCAGUGACUUCUCUCAUCCAUGACAUGUAUGAUCUUGAAUGGUCAGCUAGGCUAACAACAGCAGUUUAUCUACAUGUACAGGCUAUUACAGGUAGUUUGAACACUAUUAGCCUAUUAGUUACAGAUAAAUUAGGAGGGUAGAUUAUUGGUUGCAGAUUGUUGCCCUUUCCACUUUUUAAAACUGACCAAGCAGCUGCAGUAAAUCAGGUUUUUUUUUUACCCUUUUAUCACCCAUGACUCGAUGUUUAGCCCCCAAAUUUCAAUCACACAGAUUGAAUUACAUACGUUUGUGUUCUACUAUUCUUUGAAUAUGUUUUUAUUAAGCAGAUUAUUAAGCAAAUAGCAACAUAUGAGGUCAAAUAAUCUCCUGCAACUCCUUUGCAUAUCAACUGACCCAAACAGGCAUCCUUACCUAGAAACUCAGAGGUAGCAGUUAUAAUUUGAUACAAAUUUCUAACAACAUGGCUGCUGACUGUCACCUGUAGGUGUAACAUUGUUGCUUUGGAGAAAGGUUAGAUAUUGCAUCGUACAGGUAGGGAAUAAUCAUGUAGGAUUAACUGUACUGUAGGUCCUUUAUGCUUUGAAAAGUACAACCACACUUUGCUCUGAUAGUUUUGCCUCUUUAGUAUACAGUACAGGUAGCUUUCUUGUAAUGUCCAGAAAUACAGGCAUCAUCUGUCACAUGAUUCUUUGUCUCCCCGCUACAAACUCUGCUUUUUUUGGCUCCAUCCAAAUGAUGGGCUCUGGAGACUGCAACAGGUGAACUUAGUGCAGACCAAUCACAUACUUUGUGGCUAAGUUGCAGCCCAUCAGCUAUCAGCAGGAUAAAACUGUUGUGAUGUGAUUUCCUGAUUGGUUAGAGGCUCCUUUGACCUCAGAUCAAUGCUUCGGCCUCAUGGGGUCAAAUAACUAAUGCUUUGACUUGGAAAAUGUAACACAGCCUAAUUACCUAUGAAAGUGAGAACACAUUGCAAACCAAGUGCACUUAAAUGUGUCAUUUUUUUCUGGUACAGAUUUUAAAGUGUUUUUUUAAUGUAUACUUGGUUGUACAAAGACCUUACUAUGCUACUUUGGCAUAAUGGCUCGAAGCACAUAUGCAUAUACAUGUGUCUGUUUUUUAUUACAUUGUGCUGGUCAUAACACAUAUAAGGGCUAUGGAGUUAACAACAUACAUGCAAAAAUAAAUGCCUAACUCAAACAUGAUUAUGUCAAGAAAAUACUUGAUACAGUGCUUCACGUUUACUUAAAAAAAAUACACUUUUUACUUUAUGUUCUGUUGAUUUGUACCACUGAAAUGCUGUAUAUGCACUGCUGAAAUAAUAAAAUAGAUUUGUUUAAACAGG